AUUCAGCGACUGCUCAAGCUCGCUAUCAAUCGCUCGGCUCACGCUGACACCGUCUUUGAGACGUUGGACGAGCUGAAGAGAGGACUCACGGCGUAUGAAGUUCUCCUCAAGAAAGACAUCAAGACGUUGCGAAAUAGGUCGGCCCAGUGGUUGGUCAACGGUUUCAAGGCGAUCAACAAGGAGGAGAUUGUGAAAAAUGCUUUCCGCUUUUGUGCCGUCGGUGACCUCAACCUCUCGUAUGAGAGUCUUACCAGUCUCGAGACGAAGCGGGCUCUGCUCGAUCUACGUCAGUCAGACCCGGAAUUCUAUGCCGAAAUCACAUCUGGGCGCGCUGACGAGCCGCUUGCAACCUCCGACUCUGACGACUUUCCCGAA